AUGCCAUCGUCUACCGUCACCUCCGGAUUUGUCACCGUCAUCAAACCAUGCAUGUGGCACUCCUUCCAUCCUCUUGGAGAGGAUCUCUCCGUUCAACUCCCUGCGGUUAAUGAGGAGAAAAGAGAAAUUGGACUGGACGUCUUCAUGGAUUCCGAUAAAUUCUCAAUGAUUGUGAACAAGAAGCAUCGUAUGAUUUCCAACACCACACUUUUCCCAUGGCUUCCAGAAGAUGCCGAGGAAAGUGUCUGGAAAUGUUUCGAGAAUGACGAGGACUACAAGGAAGGAGAUGCUGUUGCAGUCAAGCAGGAACCACAGUGCUCGAAGGAAAAUGUCGAUAAAGAUGAGAAGAAGGGUACAGUAGUCAAGUUGACUAUUUACACCCCGUCCUCUGUCUCCACAAAGCACUAUCCGGUCCAUCCAUCGAAGACUGCCGGGAAACCUGCACAAUGCUCCAAGGAUCAACUGGAAGCUGCUGUCAACGCUCUUUCACCUGUUCCACUCCUCAUCGACACAUCCGUUCCACCACCAUCCUUCCUCACUCCACCCACAUCCGGACCAGCUUCCCCAACCACCACAGCAGAGAAGCCAUCAUUUGCCUUCAACGUCGGAGUCGUGAAUGCUCCACAACCAGGAGUCAAGAUUACCAAAAAGCACCUCAUGGAAAAUGACGACGCCUUUGAGAUGAUCGUGGAUGAGAGCAGGCCGAAGAAGGUGAAAAUCUUUUCACCAGAAGAGAUCAAGAAGCAGGAGAGCCUGGUAGACGAAUGGAAGCGAAUGAUUCAGAAAUCCCUUUAA